AACAAGUUGUGAUUCACGCCCUCCCAGUGUACCUAAUAACGGGAAAAUUGGUAUAUUAUUUUAAAAAUAGCCUACCUACGUACUAGAGUGUACUAGCGGUCCGACCUGGCUUCGCCCGUGAUUGCGCAAUACUUUGUGACGAAGAAAUGGAGAAAAUAUUACGUUUUCGUACGCCGAUUUCUGUAAUAAGAAGAUGCAUGUGCACACCAGCCCAAGAAGGUAAAACCAGCCAGGCCAAUGUGGAAUCACUGUCAUCGAGAUACAGACCAAGUGAAUUCCAAAAGUUUUUACUUGUGUGGACCAAAAAGUACAAAAGCAAGGAUGAAAUUCCGAAAUUUGUAACCUCGGAGUUGAUAGACAGAUCGCGCAGUGAGGCGAGAAUAAAAAUAUCUAAUAUUCUUAUGUUUCUGACUGCACUUGCCAGUGGUUUUGCUAUCUGGUCAGGCAAAAAUGCUGCCAAAAGAGGAGAAUCAGUUCAUCAAAUGAACUUAGAUUGGCACAAACAAUACCAGGAAGAGUUCAAAAAGAAGGAACAAUAAUCUUCAAAGUAAUAUUUUUCUUCACAAUUUGCUUGUAGGUGAUUAUAAAAUGUUAGUGCUUGUUAUAUUUAUAACUAAAAUAAAAAAUUAUUUUCAGUUACAUAACUAAUUGACUUGUUAUCGGAACUUUUUGAACAUUCAUUUCAUGGUGCAUGUUUUAGAGAAUUUAAAAAAUAUUAUAAUAUUAUAUCUCUUUAGAUAAUCAUAAAACUUUGAGGUUACACCAUUUCUAAUAUAUGUUUCCUUGUUUAUUCAGUAAGACCAAGAGUAAGACCAUUUUGUAAGUUUUUCGAUUUUUUUUAAGAACAUAUUAUACAAAGUAGACAUAUUAUAACAUCGUCCAUACCCUGUUCUAUAAUAAGUGGUGUAACUUUCUUUCAUAUUUAAGUUGUUAUUAAAAUAUUGUGGUGUAAAGUUUAAACAUUAAAAAUGAGUCAUAAAAGUAAACACUUUCCAUAUGUAUAAUAACAACAAAAAAUAUAUAAUUUAUUUUAAUAGAAUCUAUAUUCAUAAAUGAGAUUGAUAUUAUUUACUAUCUUUGAGUAAAAUAUCAAAUAUAUUUUUUUUAUUGAGUACAUAUUUAAUACAGCUGGUGUUUACUAUUAUUGACUAGUUUUUUUUCUAUGAUAUAAUGUGCAGUGAAUGAUAAAAUAUUGAUAGAAAGGUGUAUUUUUCGAGUUAUUUAUUAUUUAUGCUUCUCUUUAAUGUUAAUAAGGAGACUACAUGCUAAUUUUUUUAACUAGAUUCCUAAGGGAUAGUAUGUAUUAGUAAAAUAAAACAAAAUGUCAAUGGAAAUGUUUUAAUAUAUAUUUUUGUUCUAUCUAUAAA